GUCCGAGGCCCCUGCCCGCAGACCCACUUGCCGGAUGGAGCGGACUAGCCGGGCGAGCGGCGGUCGCCAUGGUCCUCUCCCGUGGGACUUGGGCGCGUGCGCGGCGUUGGGCACCGGCGGGCUAGGCUGGGGGAGGUUCCGGGGACCGGGUCAGGGCCCAGAGGGUUCCUCCGAGGGCCGAGAUACCUGGCAAGAGCAGGGCCUCUAACCUCAGGUGGUCCAGCCUGCUGGGAGGGGUCAGCGGCGUUUUCGGGACGGAUGAGGACGGGGGCUCAGGCCUGGCCUUGGUUUUCAAACUUGCUGGGCACAGUUUAUCGACGUGGAAACUUGAAUUUUACAUGUGAUGGAAAUUCAGUUAUCAGUCCUGUGGGCAAUAGAGUCACUGUAUUUGAUCUAAAAAACAACAAAUCAGACACGCUGCCCUUGGCCACUCGGUACAACAUCAAGUGUGUGGGGCUAUCUCCAGAUGGCCACCUCGCCAUCAUCGUUGAUGAAGGCGGCAGCGCGGUGCUCGUCAGCCUGGCAUGCAGGUCCAUUCUGCACCACUUCCACUUCAAGGGCUCCGUGCACAGCGUCUCCUUCUCCCCCGAUGGCAGGAAAUUUGUUGUUACAAAGGGCAACAUUGCUCAGAUGUACCAUGCCCCUGGGAAGAAGCGAGAAUUCAACGCGUUUGUUCUGGAUAAAACGUACUUUGGGCCGUAUGAUGAGACCACAUGCAUUGACUGGACCGAUGACUCCAGGUGCUUUGUGGUCGGGAGCAAGGACAUGUCCACCUGGGUGUUUGGAGCUGAGCGCUGGGACAACCUCAUCUACUAUGCGCUGGGAGGGCAUAAGGAUGCCAUUGUAGCCUGCUUCUUUGAAUUCAACAGCCUGGACCUGUAUUCACUCAGCCAGGAUGGAGUCCUAUGUGUGUGGCAGUGUGACACAGCCCCCGAGGACCUAAAGCUGAAAGCUCCCUCAGGCUGGAAGGCUGACCUGCUGCAGCGGGAGGAGGAGGAGGAAGAGGAGGACAGGGACAGAGAGACCAGUGUCCAGGGGAAAGCCACUCCAGCCGAGGAGGAAAAGAAAGGAAAAGUGAAGUACUCGCGGCUGGCCAAAUACUUCUUUAAUAAAGAAGGAGAUUUUAACAACCUGACAGCUGCAGCCUAUCACAAGAAGACUCAUCUCCUAGUCACUGGUUUUGCUUCUGGUAUCUUCCAUCUUCAUGAGCUCCCUGAGUUCAACCUCAUCCAUUCCCUGAGCAUCUCAGAUCAGAGGAUCUCCUCGGUCACCAUCAACAGCUCUGGGGACUGGAUCGCCUUUGGCUGCUCAGGCCUGGGCCAGCUGCUGGUGUGGGAGUGGCAGAGCGAGUCCUACGUACUCAAGCAGCAGGGCCACUUCAACAGCAUGGUGUCACUGGCCUAUUCCCCCGACGGCCAGUACCUCGUGACUGGUGGGGACGACGGCAAGGUCAAGGUGUGGAACACCUUCAGUGGCUUCUGCUUUGUCACUUUCACGGAGCACUCGAGUGGAGUGACUGGCGUGACCUUUACAACCACCGGCUAUGUUGUUGUGACUUCAUCCAUGGAUGGGACUGUGCGAGCCUUCGACCUUCACAGGUACCGGAACUUCCGCACGUUCACAUCUCCACGCCCCACACAGUUCUCCUGCGUGGCUGUGGACUCCAGUGGGGAGAUCGUCUCUGCUGGGGCCCAGGACUCCUUCGAGAUCUUCGUGUGGUCCAUGCAGACAGGGAGGCUCCUUGAUGUUCUAUCUGGUCAUGAGGGGCCUGUCAGUGGUCUGUGUUUUAACCCCAUGAAGUCCAUCCUGGCCAGCGCCUCCUGGGACAAGACAGUGCGCCUGUGGGAUAUGUUUGACAGCUGGAGGACCAAGGAGACGCUGGCCCUGACCUCAGACGCUCUGGCUGUGACUUUUCGUCCUGACGGUGCAGAGCUGGCUGUGGCCACGCUGAACUCGCAGAUCACCUUCUGGGACCCCGAGAACGCUGUGCAGACAGGCUCCAUUGAGGGCAGGCACGACCUCAAGACAGGCAGGAAGGAGCUGGACAAGGUCACGGCCAAACACUUGGCCAAGGGAAAGGCCUUCACCACCCUGUGCUACUCUGCGGACGGCCAGAGCAUCCUGGCAGGAGGCAUGUCCAAGUUUGUGUGCAUCUACCAUGUCAGGGAGCAGAUUCUCAUGAAGAAGUUUGAGAUCUCUUGCAACCUCUCUCUGGAUGCCAUGGAGGAAUUUUUGAACCGAAGAAAAAUGACAGAGUUUGGCAACCUGGCACUGAUUGAUGAAGAUGCUGGGCAGGAGGAUGGAGUCAUGAUACCAUUGCCAGGCGUCAGGAAGGGUGACAUGAGUUCUCGUCACUUUAAACCAGAAAUCAGGGUGACUUCCCUCCGCUUCUCCCCCACUGGACGCUGCUGGGCUGCCACCACCACAGAGGGACUCCUCAUCUACUCCCUGGACACCCAGAUACUCUUUGACCCCUUUGAGCUGGACACCAGCAUUACCCCAGGGCGGGUGCGCGAGGCCCUACGCCAGCAGGAGUUCACCAGGGCCAUCCUCAUGGCCUUCCGGCUCAAUGAGAGCAAGCUGAUGCGGGAGGCGCUGGAGUCGGUGCCCAAGGAGGAGAUUGAAGUUGUCAGCUCCUCUCUUCCUGAAUUGUAUGUAGAGAAGGUGCUUGAAUUUUUAGCUUCUUCCUUUGAAGUGUCUCGCCACCUUGAGUUCUACUUGAUAUGGACUCAGAAAUUGCUCAUGUUGCAUGGACAGAAGCUGAAGUCCAGAGCUGGGAAGUUGCUGCCUGUGAUUCAGUUCCUUCAGAAAAGCAUCCAGCGGCACUUGGACGACAUCUCCAAACUCUGUGACUGGAACCGCUAUAACCUUCAGUACGCUCUGGCAGUUUCCAAACAACGAGGCAUGAAACGCUCCUUGGAACCGCUGGCAAGUGAGGAGGAAGCAGAAGCCUCUGAGGAUGACAGUCUGUAUUUGCUUGGAGCAGGGGGCAGGGACCAAGAUGAAGCGAUGCCGGGACAGAGCUGCGUUGCAUCAUCUGCGUAUUUGGGUUAAGACCCACUGAAGAGAUGUAACCAUUGUGCCCCCUGGGCCAGGAAACAGGAAGGGAUCCUGGGAACAGUGGAAAUACUGCCACCUGUGACUUGCUUUUUCUGUAAGAGUUAAACAAGUGGCCUGUCAGGAAGCUAUUUGAUGGUUAACAGCUGAUACCCGGGACUGGCACAUGGGGACCCAGGAGCCCUGGGUAAUAUAAAUAGUAAUGAAUGAUGAAGAAUCUGCUGUUGAAAACAGCUCUCGGAGUGGUAAAUGGGUUUACAUAAACUUUGUGAUGAGAGUUAUUUAUAUUUUUAAUAAAAAGUUUUGACGAAGAAUUUAGGGAUGAGAAAGACAGGGUUUUCUAAAAUGUUAGGUGAAAUCUAAAUUCUGAAUCAAAACCACUGUGUGUCCUGAUGUCAUCAGGACCUUCCUCCUCCCACCAGUGCUUCCUACUGGGAGCUGGGUGAGCAGGGCAGGGUGGUCCUGGGGUCCAGCUGGGUCUCUACCAUCAUAACCCUUGUGUUGUCAGGGUGGGGCGCAGGGAACACUUGCUCCACUGUCUCACUUCUGGUGGGGCUGCUCAGCAGGGGCCACACAGAGGACUGGCCCCUUCGCCCUGUGAUGUCCUUGGGAAGGGUGCCUGAUCCCCAAGGCUCCUUGGCAGCAGCUCCAUAGGCAGGACAGGGGAGACCCAGUGCAAUACUUCACUGACAUCAUGCACAAGUGCCAUCUGUCGGGCCAGCCUGGUGACCCACAUGCCCUGCGCCUUACCAACUGUCUCUUGCUUACUGGGGCAGUGGAAUGGUAUGCCGGCAGCCCUGUUGUGUGAUAUUCAGGCCCUGUAACCUGUGAGCACUCUGCUCAAGCAUGGUACCUUCUUGCUUGGAGUUCUGCAGAACUGAGGCUCCAGGUGUCUUAUCCCUAUGCAGCGUCCUAUGUGUAACAGACCAGAAGAGGAAUCUUAAGCUGUCACUACCAACCCUGGGUGUCCAGGGUUGCCCUCAUCAGCCCCUUAAUUGUCACAGUGCACGGUGGGUAACAGACAGCUGGGCAGGGUGUCUCUGGGUGACCAGAGGAGCAUGUGCCUAGAGCUAUAGCAGAGCUAGGUCCUUCCCAGCCCCGGGCACCUGCGCAUCUGCCAUUUCAGAGUCUGGCCAGGCACUGACAGCAUCUCCAGCAGUGACUGAGUUGUGGGAGGACACAUCUCCCAGGCAGUCCAUUUGCCACCCAAUAGCCGGCCCUGCUGGCAGUGACUGGGGCCAUAUUCUGAAUGGUGGGUGUCACUGGCCCUCUCGCCCAGGCCGACCCUCAGUGGCAGGAACAGGCGGCAGGACAUGGCCAAGGGGAAGGGUUACCUGGGAAGACUUCACACUGACUGGCAUCCAGGGUCGCGUCAGGUCCAGUGGGUGUUAACGUCAGGGGCUGUGAUGUUAUGUCAGGGAGUGUCAUGUCAAGGAUGGCGCCCAUGGCUCAAAGGAGUAAGGCGCCGGCCCCCUAUGCCAGAGGUGGCGGGUUCAAACUCAGCCCCAGCCAGAAACUGCAAAAGAAAAAUAAAAA